AUGGCCGCAGCCGUUGAGAGAGGCGCAUACGAUGCUCAGAAACGUGCAAACCAGGAUGCAGCAUCGACUACGCACUCGUAUGUGUCGUUUAACCUGCUGGCAAACGACGACGACGAAGCAGAUCAAUCGUCGUACGCUUAUGUGUCUUCCUUGUUCUCCAAAGUCAAGAAUACGUUUGCCCCGAGUACAUCCACUAAGCCACCACCGGCACCAGUCCGCCCAGCUCCUCCUGCGCCAUCAAUCCAGUCGCGAACCGGAGAAAGAAGAGGGUCGUUGCCUCCUAUCUCCAAGAAUCUUGCUCCUCCGCUCGUCUCUGUCACGCCUGUCGUCUCCGACUCUCCAGUCCUGGACUCGCCGAUUGCAAGAAACGCAAUAUUCGGCCUCACACCCGUAGACGGUCCUGAAGGUCCAUAUGGCACCGCUAUUCCAGGGUUUCCGAUUGCAGACGAUGCACGUUCUAUCAAGACGUCUACAAGUGUUGGCCAUAAGAAGAACGCAUCGGUCAGCAAGGUGAUUCGCCGUCUUCGGGGAGAAGGCUUAUCCCGCGACUAUUGGAUGGACGACGAAAGUUGCAAAGAAUGCUAUGACUGCAAGAGUGUGUUCACGACGUGGAGAAGAAAGCAUCAUUGUCGUAUCUGUGGGCAGAUAUUUUGUGCGAGAUGUGCAUCAAAUAUUAUCAAAGGCGCACGUUUUGGUCAGGACAGCAUGAUUAGAAUUUGCAAUAUUUGCCUCAAAACACUCGAGAACGAUACAAUGAUGGAAGACGACGAGGACGAUCGCCGAAGCAUCGUCUCUUCCGCACCAUCGAUUCGACCAUCCUUCGACAUACUAUCCGCAUCUCCUUAUGCCCCCUCUCAGCUCUUCAGAAAGGUGGAGGAGCCUUUUAGUCUCUUUUCGAUUGCAGAGACGCGGCCACAUUUAGGCUCGGACGUAGACUCUCGUCCGUAUACUCCAAUGGAAACACCGUCGCAGAAAGAUGACGGAGAUCCGUGGGGUAUCCCCGUGCAAAGAGUUGCCGCUCCGUUCCGACAGGUUGCGCAAGAUGAAGAAUCUGACUCGGUGGCCAUUGCAGCUGCUGUCAACGCUACGACAGAUACGGUCAACACUCCCGCAAACGAGAAUAUCGUAUUCCCUUCAAAGGAGGAUAUUUCUUCUAUUCAGUUUCCCGGCGGCUCUCCAGAUUUUGGAACCGAGCGCCCUAAUCUCAGCCGUGCACGAGUCGAAUCGGAUGCGGAAAUAUUACAGACUCCUUUCAUGCGCAGCAGGGUUCAGAGCCGUUUAGCAGAUUUGGGGCUACUCGCCGGAGAAGCGGGCUGGAGAACACGGCGAGAAAGUACCGCAUAUGCACAAGAGGUCAACUCGAUUUCCAUGUUUCACAUCCGACUGAUGCUAAGGCAAAUGCUCACUCGGGAGAAUCUUCCAAAUAUCAAAGAGUGGGAGGAAACUCUUCUCAAACUCGCGAUGCAGAUUGCGAGAGAUCUGGUUUUGACAACGGGCCGCAAAGAAAUCGACAUGGACAUUCGACGCUUCGUCAAGAUUAAGCGUAUACCUGGUGGUACCCCUCGGGACUCUGAAUAUGUGGACGGCCCCGUGAUCACGAAUAACUUUGCCCACAAGAGGAUGCCGCGCGAAUUUACAAACCCUCGCAUCGUGUUUGUGACAUUCCCAUUUGACUAUUAUCGCGUUGAAAAACAACUCGUCGCGUUUGAUCCUCUGGUGGCUCAGGAGGACGAGUACUUGAUGAACUUGGUCUCACGCGUCCGUGCGUUGAGUCCGCAUAUCCUGCUUGUCCAAACAAGGGUCACUCGACGCGCCCUUGACUACCUUCACCAAGCCAACAUUGCGGUAGCCCGUAAUGUCAAAGAGACUGCUAUUCAAGUUGUUGCCCGCAUGACCCAAGGAGAUAUUAUCUCCUCUAUGGAUCGUCUGGCGAUGGAUCCAAAGCUUGGGACAUGUGCGCGCUUUCGAAUCCAAACGUUCGAGCAUCCACUUAUUCCGGGGCGGAGGAAGACUUAUAUGCGAUUUGAAGGCUGCAACCGCGAUCUAGGAUGCACGAUCGUUCUUCGAGGCGGCGACAUUGGGACGCUUACUAAAGUGAAGAAGGUCACAAGGUUCCUCGCAUUCCUUGUGCGCAACCUGAAGAUGGAGACUUUUUUGUGGAAGGACUCAGUUGUCACCAUGCCGCCUCUCAGCAAAUAUGCCGUCCCGAACCCUCCUACCCAGUUUACAGGUGCUCCCGGUUACACUGGGCUACCCACGAUCAAUGGACACCUCGCCACGCAUCUUUCACCACCUCUUGAGACAUUGGAAUCGAUGCAAUCAAUCGCUACUAUUGACGUGGAGGAUCUACCAGAUGAAGAUGCCGCACAACUACGUCUCUCUAAGAGGAUACAGCAAUCCAUCGAGCCAUAUUACACGACAUUCAUCUCUGUCUCGGCUACCUUGCGCUUCCCGCCUCCCUACCCGAUUGCACAUAUGAAGAGACUCGAUGACCGCCUGCGAGAGGUGAAGAGGAAAUGGGAGGACGAGGUCGUUCAGCGAGAAGAAAAGGCUAAGAAUUCUUUGCACAAAUCUGAACCAACGAUUACCAUUACCUCUCUUCCACUCCCAAUUGACGCCGCUUCUCCCUUAUCGACACCGCCAAUCCCAGAAGAAGCCCCCAGUUACUUCGAACAUGGACUUACUCACGGAUCUACGUUAUCAAGCAUCAUGAGUCAAGAGACCUCCGUGUCUUCGAUAUCAAGCGACGCUACCCCAAUCCACUUGAAGCAAGUGGCGGAUAUCGCCUUGGAGUCGGAGUUAGCUGUGGUCAAGCACGAGCACCUUCAAGCGCAGUCAGCAUGGGAAUGGUAUUUACGGCGCAACAAGGACGACUUUGUUGUCGAGAAGUACCAGAAGAUCGCAUACAGGACGUACACCGUUCCGUUUGCCAACGUCGACGCACAAAUGCCUUGCUUUAUGCCGGUCAUUGUGUACGUCGACUAUUAUGGUAACAAGGAUCGCACUCUAGGUGCCUUCAUUGAGGAAUCAUGCGUCUCGUAUCUCAGCAUGAAACCGGGCACUCUCUGCAGUGGGAAAGGAUGCGGAAAGCCAAUGGUUGGGCACUGCCAUGUCUAUGUGCACAACCAAACUAGACUUCUGGUCGCCAUAGAACCCUGGGAAGGAAAUAUUGCAGGUCCUGAUGGAGGGCAGGGCAUACCAGCUGAUUAUCUUACUACCUGGAGUAUUUGUCGCGCAUGUGGCAAGUUUACUCCAUUCAUUCCAGUCUCGCUCGAGACCCAACAAUACUCCUUUGCGAAGUUCCUCGAGCUCCAUUUCUAUCCCGCCGACGUGAAGCUCAUGCAAGGUGCCGGAUGCGAGCAUAACAUCUACCAACAUCACGUUCGUUAUUUCGCUUGGAAGGGCCUUACCGUUCGAUUCCAGUCAGACCCAAUUGUUUCAUUCGAACCGGUAUUCCCCUCACCCACCGUCUUCAUUCGUCCAGAUGUUCCUCUGCAACUCAAGAACCACGACUAUGAGCACCUGCUCCUACGAAAUGUCAAGUUUUGGCAUUCCGUUGAGCAAAGGCUGCGGUGGUAUGACAAUUCCUACUCGACGGUGGUCGUAAGCGAGAAGUAUGCGGUGGACGACAACCCGUUCGCCUCUGUCAUACGGGUUCUUUUGACGAGAGCUGAAGCCGCCCGGGAUAAGAUCACCAAAGCAAUACAUUUGGCUUACUCGCAGACGUUUAUCACCGACACUCUGGCUUUUGGGAAGAUCAGACAAGAACUUCAAGAUGCUGCGACAUUGUGGGAAAAGGAAUUUGAAAAAUUGGACGAUAUGAGGCGACCGCCUCCCCCAACCUUCUUCGACAAGGACCCUCGCAAGAGUGUAGCCAUCCCCUCACGAUUCAAGGGCAUGUUCGGCGGUGUAGUCUCCGGUAAUCGCGCUGAAAAGGACGAAAAGUACCGUCGUCCUUCGGCCACGGAAACCGAAGUCGACAGUACCGACGUAGAUGGACACGCCGAACCGGGCAGCUUGGAUGAAAAGUCUGGUAUGCUCAAGCCGGCCACUCCGGCCCCUCUCCUAGUCGAGUCUCCGGUGAAGGAAAAGGAGGACGCAAAGGAUGGCGAGAAGGAUAGCGAGAAGGAGGCUGAGAGUGACAGUACCAUCAAUGCGACCCAGGCUGCAUCGAGGCAAACAUCCAUGACUGAUCUUCGGGCCCAAGAGCCCUCGACUACUCCGGCCCCUGUCGAAGAGAAUGGCGAGCCCGUGGAAGUUGUGGAAGACGUUGAGCCAAGUAAGCCAGCGGAUAUCGUUGUCACGUUGGAAGCACCGACUCCUCCACCUGAUGAAACUCAACAACCGAUCCCUCCAAUCUCGCAAUUGCCACGCCCCUCCAAACUCCCCCGACGCACAAAGCACAGCCCACGCAUAGCGCAGCUUGUCAAACAAUUCCAAACAAACGGGGAUGAUAUGCAAUCGGAUGGUGGCCCAAACGUCAUGUCAGAAAGUGAUCAGGAGCCAGAGAUCAUCCCUCCGAUCCGCCACUCGCGUACAAAAAGCCGUACCUCCCAAAUAAUCAAUAAAAAUGAGGGCCCUCUGUCCGACUUCGAGGGUUCAUAUGCGGCAAAUGUUGCUCCUCUGUAUUUUGCUCAUCGUAGACCGGCAGGGAGGACAAGUCGUAUCCCGGGACCAAUCGUCUCUGGCUCUGAAGGACCAUCUCGCAAAGCUUCUCCAGAAAGGUCCAAGGCCCCGCGAACAAUUCGAUUUGGCCAGGAUUUCCGAUCCUUUGGAGCCCCCACGACUCCGGUUCCUAUGUCCGAAGAGUCAAUCAAGGGAAAAGGUCGUGCCAUCUCCAGCCCAAACAUGGCCGGGCAAAAGCGCCGUGCCAAUACGCUGGGUCCUAACAAGGUAUCAAAGAUGACCAAACAUUUCGAGAAUAUGGCUCGCGAAGCGGAGAAGACGAGGCGAGCUUCCAUCAUGCGCAAUCGAAAGGCACGUCCAGUCGCAACGGCAAGGGUGACCGUCGAGGUGUUGAAGACGGUGAAAGAGGGCUUCUUGGACUCGUCGGAAAGUAGCUCUUCUUCCAGCGAGGCUGACGAUGAAGACGAGGGAGCCGAGCCCGCUCCUCGACCGAAACCAGCAUCUCCUGUCCUUGAAAAGGAUGAAGCUGCCACAACGACCGUCGAUCUUACGUCGUCAACAGAAAAUGUCGCCCAACCUGCGCAAGAACCGGACAUGAAAACGUUACUCGAGCAGCAGCAGGAGACCACGCUACCACCUUCUGAAGACCCAGGCGACAAGCGAGAACAGUCUUCUCCACCAUCUCCUUUGAUUGGAGGCCUACGCGGUCUCGACCGAGUCGCCACUUUGCCCAAUAUGGCUCUAAGCGAAAAUGAAUAUAGCCAACCUGAACGCAAUUCCGUCCUUCGUGCCUUUUCCUUGUUCCAGAACUGGGCCUCCCGACCGGUCGAUCGAGGACCAGAGGUCAUCUACCCAGGGUCCAAAGUGGAACACUUCUUUCGAGAAUCGACAAUUGUUGUUCGCGAGGACGAGCCCACUUCAUUCAUUGCAUUUGCCUUGGACUCCCGUCAACAUCGUGACUACCUUGCGAGUCGAAAGAGGGCGCUUGGCCGUCCUAGCGUGGCAUCGGAGGCAGAGAAUUUUGGAGGAGACGAUGCUUCUUUCACUGAAUCGGGAUCCCAGUGGGGGCUUGUCUCGCUAGAUGCGCCAACUCCAAAAGAUAUUUUGAAAGAGGAAGGACAUGCCUUGGAAGUGAAAGGGACAAGCCCAAUGUUUACAUUCACGACCGACAACUUCCAGUUCAAAUGCGUCAUCUACCUUACUGAGCAAUUCGAUGCACUUCGAGCCAUCUGUCGUUGCGACAAAGAUUUGCUUCGAUCACUCUCUCGGUGUGUCAAGUGGGAUGCAGUUGGUGGCAAGUCCGGCUCAGGGUUCUUGAAAACGAGAGAUGAUCGCUUCAUUGCCAAAGAGAUUUCUCGUUUCGAGGGCGAUUCUUUCGGCGAGAUUGGACCUGCGUACUUCUCUUAUCUUUCCCAAGCAUUUGCUACGAAGCGGCCAACCCUUCUUGCCAAGAUAUUCGGGCUCUACACUAUUGAAUACCGUUACAUCUCUACGGAAAAGAAGGGUGACGAGUAUGUAAUCAAUGGUGGCAGGUCAGGUAAAACAGUUCGAAUGGAUUUCUUGGUGAUGGAGAACCUAUUCCAUGGUCGGCGUUUCUCAAAGAUCUAUGAUUUGAAAGGAUCUGCCCGCAAUCGUCAUGUCAGCGCGACUGGAAGGGCGAAUGAAGUCUUGCUCGACGAGAAUUUGGUUCAAAUGACACACGCCGCACCGUUUUACCUUCGAGAGCAUGGUAAACGGAUGCUGCGCAGCGCUUUAUUCAAUGACACCAGGUUCUUACAAAGUGUAAACGUCAUGGACUAUUCUCUCCUGGUUGGAGUCGAUGAUCAGAGCAAUGAGCUUGUUUUGGGCAUUGUUGGUGCAUUAUAUACGAACUUUCACUUGGGACAAAAGACUGGAGAACUGGGUAAAGGACCUAGGGGUGGUCAGCAACCUACGAUUGUCACCCCCAAGGAAUACAAGCUCAGGUUUAUGAGCGCUAUGGAACGGUAUUUUCCUUUGGUUCCAGAUCGAUGGCUCAAACAGGAGGAUUCUGUUGACGACGAAGGGAAGGGACUCCUUGAGCUAUGGCGCGACUGGUAG